AUGGGCAGUGGAAAAUGGAAUGCUUCAGAACCAAAAUGCAAAGGUGUAACAAGCUUAUGCAGCACAAAGCUCUAAAAUAGAACUCUAACUCCAAGAAUUCGUUGUUAUCGUGUUUGAUGCACUCUCUUGCUCAUAACUCAACUCAUUCAAUUUUAAUUUGUUCGCAGAAAUGUGUUCUGAUCCGUCAAAUGCUACAAAUGCAAGAGUGAUAGGAAAUAAGUUCUACCAAGCCAAGGAAGUGGAAUUCGCUUGCAGCGACGAUGAUAUUUUAAUUCCUGAAUCAUCAAGGAAGUUGACGUGCGAAAACGGAAAGUGGAAUGGAUCAUUACCGUCAUGUAAAGGUAUGACUGUAUGAUGAGCUGUAAUCAAAUUUGGAAAUCUUACAGGAUUCCUGCGGAAUCCUGUAAGAACAAACACAGAAAAUAUAAUCAUAUAAAUUAUUUUUGAUAGCAAACUGUCCAUUAACCUACUGCGAUAACUCGUUUCGUACUAAUUGCGUUCAUUCCUGUUCUUCUGGUUUUGUUUCUCACUGUUUUGACUUGAUUUGCAGAAUAUAUUUGCAAAACAAAGGCAUUCUUCUCUUUUCUAGUCAAUAGGGGGCAGCAUAUUUUUGUUUCUGUUCGGAUUUAGUUUGUGUUUAUAAACCGUAAUGAUAGAAAUAGUCUGAUAUACGGACAUUCUUCAGUAGUGUUUUUGAGAUAUGCGCGCUCUUUCGAGCAGUUUGUUAAGUCAAGGAUCUGGCGGCAUGGAUGUUUGAAACCUUCUUACUCGGCAUUCUGGCGCAAAGAAUCUACGAGAUGUUAUUGCGGCGAAAUUGAACCUCAAAUACAAGGCAUAGAAAAUAGUAAUUAAGCGCCAACCCAGCUCGCAAAGAAAAUAAAUUAAACGCUAGGAAGGUGAACAGUUCAAUACAGUUUCAAUCUGCAUUGACGUAGAUAGAGUAGCAAUUAAAUAUGAGGGAUAUGAUAAAAAACUUAUUAUAAAUGAAUUUCUGGCGCAUGGCGCUAUAUACUGUAUCUGCCAAUUUCCAGAUAUUCAGUUGAAAGUUAAUUGAAUUAAACUGACUGGAAAGAAAAAGAAAGAAAAGAAGAAAAAAGGCGGCUAAGAAGCGUCCGAGUUCACCGAGAUCGAGGCGUAUCAAAAUGUUAAAAAUCACAAAUGGACGUAGAGGAGCAAUUAAUAGACCUUUCCAAGGUUUUUACAAAAACAUUGGGGCGAGCGCGCGGCCACCAAUGGCGCCCAUACUAUUUCCUAUUGAGUGAGUGAAAAUUACCUUUUGACAUUUUCUCCUUUUUCUCCAAAAAAUUCAAUACAAUCAUAUCCAAUUUUUAUUUUUAGAUAAUCGCUGGUUUUUUUUUUAUAUGUGGCCGAGAUUUCUUGUUAAUCGAAGGACAGGAAGUAAUAAAAAAUGGCGGCUUUUGUUGCACAACUUGACCGAUGUUUGAGCGAUGAUUCUUGUUAUUUCGUUUGUUUAAACCAAUCUUUGGAAGAAUAUUUGUCCAUUAAAGCACAUUGGCAACCAAAAUUUUUAUUACAUAUAUCUAUUAGGUAUACUUACGGAAUAUUUAAUUUCAUAUUUUGGCCGGUGUGUCGCGUUUAGUUGCAGAGAAAAUUUAAUUGAAUUUGAGAAAAUUUGAACAGUUGUCCGCCAUUUUGAAAAUAAGCGCGUAUGCUAAUUUAUGCCACAAAAUACAUUAUCUGACGUCAUUGGCUGGGUAAAAACAAUCUCAUGACUAUAAACAAUAUCAUGUAAUACCACGCGUAGUGCAUUUUGAGCCAAAACAAAAGGCAGAAAAGUUUUACCAAGUAUGUAACUUGUUUGUAACACUAUUUCUCAUAGUAUAUAUCCUACUCCGUAUUAAAUAAGCGCAGAAAUUCGAGUGUAACAAGGAAAAUACUAAUGCAAUAUUUUAUGAUCAAUUACCUGCAUUGUAAAUUGCGCCAUUUCUUGCUUUCCCAGUCGCUCGAUAUGUUUUUAUCUGAUAGUGUAAACUUCUCUUGUUUGAUUACGAAGAGUUUUGGCCAGUAUAACGCUCAAAGCGACAUAUUUUUAGCUAACAUAACACGCACGCAAUAGAAUUCUCUCUUGUAGUUUUGGUGCUACCCAGCCAAUGACGUCACAAAGUUCAUUGACCUUCGAGAUAAUUUUUCAAAAAUAUUUUCCAAGAUGGCGGAGAAACUGGCCGAAACACAAAGUUUGCAUGCAUUUUACUCGUAGACUAAAAUGUUCAAGAAGGAAAUGAUAAUAUUUUCAUAGUUCAGUUGUCAAGUAGGAUGGAAAUUGCCAAUAAAAAUUUUCGUUGCCAAUGUCCUUUAACGGUGUGUAAGUCCUUUGGUGUCAGCCAUUAUUACUGUUUAUAUUUGUAUAUUUGCACAAAAAUCAUCGCUCAAAUGUCGGUCAAGUUGUACAAUAAAAGCCGCCGUUUUUUAUUACUUCCUGUACUUCGAUUAGCACGAAAUCUCGGCCACAUAUCAGAAAAAACCCAGAGAUUAUCUAAAAAUAAAAAUUGGAUAUGCUUGUAUAGAAACUUUUUGAGAAAAAGGACAAAAUGUCAAAAGGUAAUUUUCACUCACUCAAUAGGAAAUAGUAUGGGCGCCAUUGGUGGCCGCGCGCUCGCCCCAAUGUUUUUGCACCGCCUGCAAUAUGGCGGUAGAAACCUUGGAAAGGUCUAUUAAGUGUUUCCCAAUUAAAGGUUACAUGUUUCUCUUCAUGUCGGAAUUUCAAUUCCCUGCAUUUUCCUUGGGGCUUCCAAAUUUCUCUACUAGUCAUAUGGAUAAUGCAUAAUAACAAUUUACACGUCCGCUCUUACGAGUUCUUAAUAUAUACUAUUCUGCUUGUCUUAGGAACUCAAACCAAGAAUACGUAAUACCCGAUUGCCUUUUCAUUGAGUGUGUAUUCCCAGGGUUUAUUUUAACGUGCAGUUCUACACAAAAUGUGCAGUUCUAAACCCAUUUGUGCAGUUCUUAAAACACAAAUGUGCAGUCACCAAACUAACAAAAAUGAUAGCCUUAAAGGACAUUGGCAACCAAAAUUUUAUUACUUAUAUCUAUUAGGUAUACUUACGGAAUAUUAAAUUUCAUAUUUUGGCCGGUUUAUCGCGUUUAGUUGUUGAGAAAAUUUGAUUGACUUUCAGAAAAGUUGAACAGUUGUCCGCCAUUUUGAAAAUAAGCGCGUAUGCUAAUUUAUGCCACAAAAUACAUUAUCUGACGUCAUUGGCUGGGUAAACACAAUCUCAUGACUAUAAAAAAUACCGUGUAUUGCCACGCGUGGUGCAUUUUGAGCCAAAACAAAAGGCAGAAAAGUUUUACCAAGUAUGUAACUUGUUUGUAACACUAUUUCUAAUAGUAUAUAUCAUACUCCGUGUUUAAGUAAGCGCAGAAAUUCGAGUGUAACAAAACAAAUACUAAUGCAAUAUUUUGUGAUCAAUUACCUGUAUUGUAUAUAUAUUGCGCCAUUCUUUGCUUUCCCAGUCGCUCGAUAUGUUUUUAUCUAAGUGUAGACUUAUCUUGUUUGAUUGCGAAGCGUGUUGGCCAGUAUAACGCUCAAAACGACAUAUUUUUAGCUAACAUAACACGUACGCAAUAUAAUUCUCUCUUGUAGUUUUGGUGCUACCCAGCUAAUGACGUCACAAAGUUCAUUGACCUUCGAGAUAAUUUUUCAAAAAUUAUUUCCAAGAUGGCGGCGAAACACAAAGUUUGCAUGCAUUUUACUCGUAGACUAGAAUGUUCGAGAAGGAAAUAAUAAUACUUUCAUAGUUUGGUUGUCAUAUACGAUUGAAAUAGCCAAUAAAAAUUUUCGUUGCCAUUGUCCUUUAAUUAAAACAGUCUUCUCUUUUACUCGUUAACUUAACCUUGUGGACGCUCCAGAAUAUUCCAGAAAUGCUAUCAUUAAUUGAACAUCAAAAAUAUAAACGUUUUCUGUAGGAGGAGUCCAUACCCUCCUAUUUUCCUCACAAAUCACUUACGUGCUGGGGUGAUGGAAAAGAAGGCAAAAUUGAUGCGAGCGAAGCUCUCCAAAAGAGAUUAGAGUGGGAGAACCUAAUAUUUUUUACUGCCUCAAAUGCAAAUUUAAGGUUGUUAUAUAUUGAGUAUCCAUGAAUCUCUGUUGCAAGUUUUGAAAUAGUUUUUGUUAGUGAUUGGGUAAAACACAUCUUUGCCAGAACUUAAGAACCUCUAGAUUCAAAUUGUUUGAGGGAACACCCCCUUGCUCCCGCACCCUAAAUCGAGUUUGUCUGGCCUUUCUCCAAUUCUCCCACCCAACCACACCAUUAUUCGGUCAUCUAUAUGCUGGAAAAAAUCCUUCGACCCCCCCCCCCUCCAAGUCAAACACCCUUCGUAACAUCCUUACAUAUAUGUGCAGUUCUAAAUUUUUCUUAAAAUUAACCCUGUGUAUUCCUUAACUCUGCUAGAUAUACGCUAUUAGUUAUUCCUAUCGUUGAAAUCUAUCUUCCAUUUUCUAUUUAUAGCUUUAUGUCCAAUUCUGUCACAAAUACGUAAUGGUGUUAUAAAUGGUAGUGGUCGAGCACAUGGUUCAUCCAUUCAAUUCACCUGCAAUGAAGGUUAUCAACUGACUGGGGCAGCCAGCGCAAGGUGUAAUGACGGGCAGUGGUCAGAAACAGUCCCACAUUGUUUAGGUUUGUAUUUUACACCCAAAUUUGCAUAUUACUUUUCGUCUCUAAUUUCACCGAAUUAAAAUUGAACAAAAUAAAGAAUUUGAACAAAAUGAGAUCGUAUUCAAUGUUAAAUAGCAUAAAUCAGGAUGUGUCGAUUGUGUAUGCAUAACAAUUAAGAAGUCUAUUUUAUUUUAUUCAAUAGCUUUUUGCAACAAAAUUUCAAAAAUUGAAAACGGCCAGAUUACUGGAGUUAGAUUCCUAGAAGGAGAUGAAAUAAGUUUUCUGUGUAAUCAAAACUACGUGUUGGUAGGAGAGAAAGUCCUAGGAUGCACAAAUACAGGGAGAUGGAAUGCUUCAGAACCAAAGUGUAAAGGUAAUUGAAUAUUAAUGUGUUUUUUUUUAUUUGAAAAUAGUAAACGCUUCAAAAUGACUUGCUAUCGACCACGAAGAAAACGAAUAGGGUGUGGUCAUGUCAAAAUCUUAUUUUAAUUUCAAUUUCUGUUCAUUUUAUACUUUAUUGUGUAACCUGGGAUGAUUCAAAUUCAAACUAAGCAAGAAUGCUUUUGCCAUUUUUAGUGACGUUUGUAGGCCUAUAGUAACAGUUUACCUUUAGCAGUUUAUACCGACUGGAUCUGAAUACUUGAAACAUUUUCUCGUUUCUUUCAUAUCGUAAAAAAUCUAUUUUUUUUAAACUAAUUUUAGUCUUCCAUGCAGAUUUAAUUUUAAGCUUGGUUAAAACUAAUGUCGAAAAGAUUGAGCAAAAAUGGAUUUAACUUGUCAAUGAUGUGAAAGAGUACAGCGUAUCGUCUUUAGCGUAGGAACGACACUUCAAAAACUACCAGGAUGCUUGCAUGACGAAAAUUAAUUGCACUUAAGGGCGCUGCCGUAUUAAUUUUUCGUGCACACGCAUUGCGAUGUACCACGCCAGCAUAAAUAAGGAAAUAACGACUUAAAGUGAAAUUAAAUUAUAGAGUGAAUUGAUGUUUAUUAAAACUCCUUUGCACCACAUCCCAGUGUCGUCGUUCAUCACUGAACGAUACCAAGAAAUUUAAUAUCCUCGGUUCAGUGCAUGCUAUGAAGACAGAAAUACCACCAUUCGAUUCAGAAAUAAAUGAUUCAACUAAUUCCUCCGUAUAGUUAUAGUCAUUAUCAACAUUGUAGCGAUUUAUGGGCCUUUGAAAGUCAAACACGAUCAUAUUGUAUCAAAUUACGCAAUUGUCUGAACAAAAAUAUAGACUAGCCGUACCUUUCGCCGAAAAUAACUUCGGCCCCUUCGCACAUAUCGUCUUUGUAAUAGUCUUGUUAGAAUCCCCAUUAAAAACACUACUUAAAGUGUUAUUUGCAAGCCUGUAUCUUCAAAUCUGUAUCUUUUAUCAAUAUAUUUCCAUUUCUUGUCCGACUGUGAGCUCGAAGUGAGUUAAUCCCAACCGGAAAUACGACUGAAAACCGUCAAAACAAUGCGAAGCUUGUAUCGUAUGACCCUGCAAAAGCCAGAAAUGGUUCGCAAGGUCAAAUUGCACCCACACGCGUGAGUUUGAUGUCAUUCCUGGUACAAGUGCUUCUUAUUGGCCAAUUAUUGCGCAAUGUACGCAAGUGCGAGUAAAACCCGACAUCUUGAAAAAUUCAAAAUAAAUAUUUCUACUCGCCGUAUUCAAACAAAAUUUUGUACACGAAAGCGCUUGAAUACAAAGAGUAUUUUAAACAAAUAGCCGUUCGGCAAAUGACGAAAUGUUUAACAGAUAUUCAAGAUCUUGUGUAUAUGAAAUUUAGAAUCUUUGGCCAAGCGGUGAGUAAAUAUAUGAUUGUUUCGGUUUGUGUAAUGUUCAGACGGCACUUGACCCCCCGUUUGAAAGGUUAUUUUGUGAGGAUUACAAUGGUGGUAUUUAUUUAAAAGGGGGAUAAAUACUCGCCGAGAUAUUUAUAUUAGAAAAAUUGUGUCGUAAUAUGAUGCGAAAGGGGGUGGUCGAAAAAGAAAUAUAUAUUUAUUAAAGCGGCCUUCAAUCCGAACUUUUUCCCUUUUUUCAAUGCACUCUUCACUCAUAACUCAACAUCUUAAAUUGUAAUUUAUUCGCAGAAAAGUGUUCUGAUCCGUCAAAAGGUACAAAUGCAAGGGUGAUUGGAAAUAAGUUCUACCAUGGCAAAGAAGUGGAAUUCAUUUGCACCGAAGAUGAUACUCUAAUACCCGAGUCAUCGAGGAAGUUGGCGUGUGAAAAUGGAAAAUGGAAUGGAUCAUUACCGUCAUGUAAAGGUAUGACAACAAAAAUAUAGAAAAUAUGAACAUCCAAAUUAGUUUUUCAUUGCAAGCCGUCCCAUUAAUUUAACGUGUUAACUCUGUUCAUUCCAAUUGCACCUAUUCCUGAUCUUAUAGUUUUCGACCUCACUCUAAAACUGCAGCAGAAAGAAAAUAAGCUUCGCAUUCUUUUCUUAUCACUAGGCUAUUGCGAGCAGUAUAAUGUUGUUUGACAAUGUUUGUUAUCGAUAUGGUUUAUGUUUUAAUCGUAAAUUUAAAAUUCGUCUGAAAUACUAACAUUUUUUGCGUCUGUGGGGUCAAAUAUGAAUACUUUAAACCUAGCUUGUUACACGGCGUUUCAGUGCGAAAUAUCUACGAUAGGUUAUUACGGAUUUGAGCCCCAAAAUAGAAUGUAGAAAAUAACUAAAUAAAUGCAAGCCCAUGCAGCUCCCAAGAUAAUAGCCGAAUUCAUAUUAGAGACGGGAAACUCGUCUCAGACGGGAAACUCGUCUAAUAUGAAUCCGGGCGCAGACGAGUUUCCCGUCCGAACUUUCCCGUCUAACUUACCCGUCUAAACAGACGGGAAAGUUAGACGGGAAUCUCGUCUAGACGGGAAACUCGUCUUAAAUUCGAAUUUACCCGUCCCUAAAUUCAUAUUCAGACGGGUUUUCGCAGACGAGUUUCCCGUCUAAGACGAGUUUCCCGUCCCUAAUAUAAAUUCGGCUAACAAAUGAAAAUCUUGGAGGUUGAACAUUUCAAAAAAUUUCAAUCUCAUUGGAGAGAGGGCAGCAAUUAAACACUAAGCAUAUGUCCCCAAACUUAUCACCUGCUAACAAUGAAUUUGCAGCGCACUGCCCUACAUAUACUGGAAAUACAAAUGCCCAUACAUUUGAAGGAUGAUUGAUUUGAAAAGCCUGGAAAGACCCUUGAUCUGGAAAAUGAAGGCGAGCGUUGCGAGAACCAAAGACUAUACUAUAAGAAGCGCCCGAGACAGUGUGUAUUGGGAGUGAGACACACCAAAAUGCUAAGAACCAAUAAAUUGAGAUAGAAGAGCAAAUAAUUCAGUUUUGCCGAAUUCAAAGGUACCAGCCGAACAGUAUUGAUAUCUGGCCAUGUUGAAGUUUCCCUGGGAUUUUCUUCAGGCUUCCAUAUUAUAAUUUUGCUAUAUUGGUGAAACGAAUAAUGAUUUAUCUGUACGCAUACACAUAUUACAUUACGUAUUAUACCUGAUUUCCUUUUCAUUGAAUGAGGAGUCUAUGAUUCUAUAGUUGAUAUACGCUAUUAUAUAGUCAUUCCUGCCGUUAAAAUAUAUCUUUCGUUCUUCAAAUUUUUAGCCUCAUGUCCACUUCUGUCACAAAUACGUAAUGGUGUUAUAAAUGGUAGCGAUCGAACACACGGCUCAUUCAUUCAAUUCACCUGCAAUGGUGGUUAUCAGUUGACUUUGGCAUCCAGCGCAAGAUGUAAUGAUGGACGGUGGUCAGCCACAGACCCGCGAUGUUUAGGUUUGUAUUUAUACACGUACAGUACAAGUUUGGCAUGCAUGCAUACAAUUUUUCUACUCUAAUUUCUCUGAAUGAAUUAAGACGAGAACAAAAUGAAAUGGCUGUUUAGUGCGUAAAAUUACAUAAAUCACGAUGUGUUGAUCAUGUAUUAAAAAUAAAUUAUAAUGUCUAAUGGUUAUAUUAAAUGAAUUUCUUAAUUUUAAAGCUAUUUGCAACAAAAUUUCAUCAAUUGAAAACGGCCAGGUUACUGAAGAUGGAUUCCUAGAAGGAGAUGAAUUAAGUUUCUUGUGUAAUCAAAACUACGUGUUGGUAGGAGAGAAAGUACUAAGAUGCACAAACACUGGGAGAUGGAAUGCUUCAGUACCCAAGUGUAAAGGUAAUCGAAUGUGAAUGAAUUUUAGUUAUUUCGGAUAAAUGUUAAACGCUUCAAGAGAGAAAUGCUUAUACCCUUAUAUUUGAAUGGUAAAAUAUAUGUAUGAAUGUGCUAUGCCUGAAUGUAAUGUCAUUUCUGUUGUUGUUACAAUUUGUCAAUAAUGGACGAGUAUGAGCAAAAGCAUACUCGCGUAGAUUUUACAGCAAUGAACUUUGUAUUCUUGCGUCUGUUUUCAAAAUCCCUCUACUCCAUGCCGGGCUCUUUAUGCCCGUGUGAAAAAGAACUACCAAAGUUUAAAAAAUAAAGUGGGUUCACUUUUUACUUUGUUUUGAAACCAAGUCUGUUUCCAGGUAAAAAUAACUAACUUUAUAAACCAGACAUAAUUUUGCGAGAGCUUUCUGUCAGUUCGCUAGUGGUGUAUUGAUAAAAGCGUGCACCCAGGAUCCGAAGUCCAUAACUCAUGCAGGCUUGAAUGCCGGAAAGCCAUGCAGUUUCGCUAUUUUUGUAUUCUUAAAAAAGUUCAAUUUCUUUUUCUUCAAAUUAUGUUUUUUUUUUAAUAUUAUUUUAUGCUAAAUCUUGCGCCUGGAUUACACCUUGAAUCAGCAUUAUUAAAUAGCAACGCCAAGAAUGUUGAGUAAAAGUGCGGUGAAUUUGUCACUGAUCUGAGAAAUUUUGGCGGAUUGUCAGAAGCUUCGCCUGCUCGCAGACGUUGUAUAUCUUACGCCAUCUUUUGACCUGAGCGCCAGAAUGAAUCCUGCUACGCGUCAACCAAUGAGAUUUAGCCUUCCAAAUUCUGGAAAGUGACAUCAGUUGACUUAGGAACGGAAUAAAUAUAAAUAAAUAUUUUGAAAGCAGUUGUCGGUUGAAUUUGGGUCAAACUUGCACAUAAAUUGAAUUUUAAAAUAUUGAUACUUGUCCACGUCGGCCUAAUAAAAUGCACCAUUAAUUAUCCGGUUCGGAUAUUGAAGAUGUUCGGUAAUAUUAAAAACGCGGACAGGAUGGCAUUGUAUUGUAUGAAUCUAGGCCAGACAGCAUCAAAUGCCGAAUAUAUAUUUCGCUUUCUUAGUAAUUUAACUUUUGACUGAUAUUUAUCUUCAAGACAACAGAAAACAGAAGAUCGAAAAAAUAUAUAUAAUUAUACUAUGGCUUACUGGCUUAGAAAGCGAAAUAUUAGCUUCAAAGUACACAAACUUGCUAUUUGAAAAACCACUUCUGAAUGUAAACUGAAAACGCAACACAAACCCGAGAAACUUGUAAAUGCGCCGAGAUGAAUUUUUCCAAUUCGCACAAACUUCGAAAGUUGAUACUAUAACUUGGCUAUACUUUUCUACAUGACAACGAGAGAUUGAUCUUUUAGACGUUUUUGUACGUCGAAGACAUAGCAUAUAUACGAAGUAUUAAUGGCAACAUUUCGACAUAUCCUGAUAUACCCGAGUUUCCCAAUUGCUUGUUUGUCAUUUUUAACAAAAAAUUAAAUUUCGUCUAGUGCAUUGCAAAUUCAUAUACGCCGAUUGUUUGCAGAACAUGCAUGCGAGAAGAUGAUCCUAAUAUCAUUCUACGUAAACAUCGUGAAGUUCAAGGCCACAGUCUCCACAAUAGAUCCACGGAAGUAAACAAAUUUCAACCCAAACAAUAUAUUCCCAUGUGCAAGAGCUGCCCACUAGUGGCCAAUCCCUAAAUAAGACGGUUUCCAAUUGGCCCGAACUCUUUUGAACACUUGCCAAAUGAUUGACCCCUAACACAAAGGGAAUUGAAUGUGCAGCUGGAUCACCAAACGUUAGUUUUUCGUCGUUUGGCGCAAGAAAAAAAAACGUUUGCGAGCAAGCCAUCAGAAGCUUAGUAGCGGCUAUUUUUAGGAUGUACUAUGAAGCACUUGCUAUUGAAUCAAGCUUAUAUAAUUAUAUUAAGUUCAAAGUAUUGCAGAAGCGUGUCCAAUAGCCCUGUCGCACUGCACUUUUGAAAAUCUCACGGCAUUUUUCUUUUUCAUUUAGUAAUUUGUAGGAAAGUUUUAUCCAUUGAAAACGGUCAAGUCAGUGGUGAUGGAACAUUGGAAGAAGAUACAAUCAGUUUUACUUGUGACCAAAACUACGUGUUGGUCGGGGAAAAACAUCUAAGAUGUAUGGGCAGUGGAAAAUGGAAUGCUUCAGAACCAAAAUGCAAAGGUGUAACAAGCUUAUGCAGCAGAAAGCUCUAAAAUAGAACUCUAACUUCAAGAAUUCGUUAUUAUCAUGUUUGAUGCACUCUCUUAACUCAACUGAUUCAAUUUUAAUUUGUUCGUAGAAAAAUGUUCUGAUCCGUCAAAAGGUACAAAUGCAAGAGUGAUAGGAAAUGAGUUCUACCAUGGCCAGGAAGUGGAAUUCGUUUGCAGCGACGAUAAUAUUCUAAUUCCUGAUUCAUCGAGGAAGUUGACGUGUGAAAACGGAAAUUGGAAUGGAUCAUUUCCGUUAUGUAAAGGUAUGGCAAUAUGAUGAGCUGAAAUCAGGUUUGAAAAUCUUAAGGCUAGCUCCGUCACACUAUUGCGUAUCGUACUAGCGUAUGCCAGCGUAUGAAAAAUACACUUAUACGCCGGUAUACGCUGACAUACGCUAGCGGUUCGUUAGGCAUAGGUUGUAUACGUUUCAAGCACGGUCGCGUACGGUGGCAUACGCUGGCAGACGGCAGAAAAUUUUUUUUAAGCAUGUUCAAAAAUUUUGUGCAUAUUGGACGUAUGCUUUAUACGAUAAGCAUACUCUAGGCAAACGCUAAAUACGCUAGAGGUACGUCAGGCACGGUCGCGCGGUAUUUCACAGGAUUUUUAUGCGUUUGAAAAUUAUUUCGUUAAUUUUCAUACGCUUCUCAUACGUUUCUCUCAUACGCAAUAGUGUGACAGGGCCUUAACAGGAUUCCUGUGAAAACUCGCACAAGUAAGAAUGUCCAUGUCCGAUCCCUAUACUGAUACUCUCAUAUAUGGAUGCCAUAAACAUUGUUAGGUAGCAUUUUAGCGCAAGGGAUCUGCGAUAGGUAGUAAAAUUGAACCUCAAACACAGGGUAGAAAUUAACUAAAUAACCAAAGCCCAGCUCACAAGAUAAUAAAUAGAAAAUGUGGCUGUUAAACAUUUCAAAUUGUUUCAAUGCUGUUGAAUAUCAUCCAUAUAUGACCACAAACUCAUGACCAAUUAAUUUCUAGCGCACUGCCAUAUAUGUAGCUACUGCAUGUACAGGUAUAAUGUAUAAUAAAAAAUGCCAUAUAUUCGAAAGAUAAUGAGAUCAACCGGUUGGAAAGGCCAGUGUGGUCUACAAACCGAAGGCGUUGUUGGGAAGACCAACAAAGACUAACAAUCGUCCCAGGUUACCGGGAAUGAGGCGCACUAUAUUGUUCAGUUUCUCCCAUGCAGUUCAAAGGAAACAGGCGAAUAUUUUAGGUUCUUUGCAUGUCGGAAUACUCCAGAAUUUUCUUGGGGCUUCCAAUUUUUGACAUUAUUGUUCUUACUAAUACUCUCGUGCAUGCCUUAGGAACCUCGGGCUCAAAGCAGGCAUACGUAUACCCGAUUGCCUUUUCUUUGAGUGUGCAAUCCUUAAACCUACUAUACCUGUAUAUAUACGCUAUUAGCUAUUCGUGCCUUUUAAAGGUAUCUUUUAUUUUUCUCUUGAUAGCUUUAUGUCCAAUUCUAUCAAAAAUACGUAAUGGUGUUAUAAAUGGAGCUGAUCGAACACAUGGAUCACUCAUUCAAUUCACAUGCAAUGGUGCUUAUAAGCGGGUUGGAGCAUCCAGCGCAAUAUGUAAUGAUGGAAGGUGGUCAGAAAGAUUUCCACGAUGCUUAGGUUUGUACAUUACAAUAACGAGUUUGGAUGCAUUUUGUUCGACUGAAUUGGAAUAUAAAGUGUAUACGAAAUUAAAAAUGGAUGGAUGUUCAAUCUGUACAGUUACACAGAAAAGAUAACUCGAUUGCUCAUACACCAAAAGGUUUUAAUUCUAAUUUUUAAGUGUAUUUCCUAAUUCUAUAGCAAUUUGCAACCAGAUUUCAUCAAUUGAAGACGGCCAGGUUAUUGGAAGUGGAUUCCUAGAAGGGGAUGAAAUAAGUUUCUUGUGUAAUCAAAACCACGUGUUGGUUGGAGAGAAAUUCCUAAGAUGCACAAACAUUGGGAGAUGGAAUGCUUCAGAACCAAAGUGCAAAGGUAAUAAUUAA